AUGACUGCAGCCCCCGUCUCUUUGGUUUUGGCUCGGCAGGUUGACACGGACGACGUCCUCACCAAGGAAGAGCAGAUUUAUCUGCUGGGUGAAGCGAAGGAGAAAUGUCAAACCAACGUCAAAGCCCAGCUGGAGAAAAUCAAAGAUGCCAGCUGCUUCCCGGAGUGGGACGGAAUUAUCUGCUGGCCCGAGGGCUCCCCAAGCCAACAGGUGUCAGUCCCGUGCCCAGAGUACAUCUACGACUUCAAUCAUAAAGGCCACGCCUACAGACACUGUGAUGCCUAUGGGAACUGGGAGCUAGCGCUCAACAUCAACAAGACGUGGGCGAACUACACGGAAUGCACCGAGUUUCUCACCCCUGAGCGCCGGAGCCGAGAGAAGGAAGUGUUUGACCGCCUGCACAUGAUGUACACCAUCGGCUACUCCAUCUCCCUGGUCUCCCUCAUUGUUGCCGUGUGCAUCCUCUGCUACUUCAAGCGUCUGCACUGCACACGGAACUACAUCCACAUUCACCUCUUCGCCUCCUUCAUCUGCCGGGCCGCCAGCAUCUUCGUGAAGGAUGUGGUGCUUUACUCCGGCUUGCUGCCCGAGGAGCUGGAGAAGAUGCGAGUGGAUGAUUUAAAGGGCGAGUUGGGCCCCUUUCUGGGACACCGGACCCAGCUGGUGGGCUGCAAGGUGGUUGUGACACUUUUCCUUUAUUUCCUGGCCACCAACCACUACUGGAUUCUGGUGGAGGGGCUCUACCUGCACAGUUUGAUCUUCAUGGCCUUCCUCUCCAACAAGAACUACCUGUGGGCCCUCACCAUCAUCGGCUGGGGUCUCCCUGCUGUAUUUGUGUCUGUUUGGGCCAGUGUCAGGGCCUCUCUGGCGGAUACACAAUGCUGGGAUCUCAGCGCUGGGAAUAUGAAGUGGAUUUAUCAAGUCCCUAUCUUAGCAGCCAUUGUGGUGAAUUUCUUCCUCUUCCUCAACAUCGUGCGGGUUCUGGCGUCGAAGCUCUGGGAGACAAACACGGGGAAGCUAGACCCUCGGCAGCAGUACAGGAAGCUGCUGAAGUCCACCCUGGUGCUGAUGCCACUCUUUGGGGUCCAUUACGUGGUGUUCAUGGCAAUGCCCUACACUGAAGUCUCCGGCGUCUUAUGGCAAAUACAGAUGCACUAUGAGAUGCUGUUCAACUCCUCCCAGGGUUUCUUUGUGGCUUUUAUCUAUUGCUUUUGCAAUGGGGAGGUGCAGGCGGAGAUUAAGAAAGCCCGUUUCCGGAGGAGCCUGGCGCUGGACUUCAAGCAGAAAACACGAGUCACCAGCACGGGGGGGAGCUGCUAUUAUGGUGGGCUGGUGUCACACACCACCAACAGCGUCAGCAUGAGCAUUGCCGGACGGGGGCCGGCAGGGGCAGGGAUGCAGCAGAGCGCCAAGCACCGGAUCCUGCCGCUGUCCCCACACACCAGCCUGCUGGGAUAUAUCCCAAGCUCCUCUGCUUCCGACAACUCUGUGCCCUCCCCAACCCAAGAGAUUCCCCAGAAGGCCCCUGGGGAGAACGCCAAGGACUUUGUGUGUUUCCCAGACCUGGGUCAAAGUCAUUCCAGCCUGAGCAAAGAGGUGGAGACCAUGCUAUGA